CAAUUAAACUCCAACUUCUUCAUCUUGAGCACAAAAGAAAAACAUGGGCGCUUUGUAUCAAAUUGUUCUUUUGAACAUUGUUGUUUAUUUUGCAUCAGUGAUGCACACCUCCUCAAGGAGCAUGCCACUAGACUUAACAUUCGGUUUCACUGCUCUCCCUCUGAACGCCUCCAACUUUAAACAUCACAAGCCUUACAAUUUACCGGAAAGACAACGCUAUAGUUUCAAAAACGGAGUACACAAGCUGUGGGUAUACGCCACAGACAAACCUAUGUCCCCACAUACCAAAACCAAUCCUCGUUCAGAAAUCCGCAUUGAGGGCUUGGAUUAUUCAAGCGGGGUAUGGCAAUUUGAAGGGCAAGGUUUUGUGCCUGAUGGUACUUCUGGGGUGUGCGUUAUGCAGGUCUUUGGGGCACAUCCUAAACGUUCGACCACUCUUAUGCUUGAUGUUUAUGACGAUUCCCUUACGUAUUAUAGACAUUCUGUGGUGGUUCCAAACAUACGGGACCAAUGGUUCAAGUUGAAUGUGAUCCAUGACGUGGAGGCCUCCAAUGUGAAGAUUUAUGUUGAUGGGGUUCAUGUUUAUGAUGCCCCGGGACAAGGAGGGAGAUUCCAUUAUUUCAAAUUUGGUGUCUAUGCACAAGAUAAUCCUUCGUGCUAUAUGGAGUCAAGGUGGAAAGGGAUCAGAGUUCUAAGGAAGUCUUCAUGAUUUUGAGCUUUGGAUAAGAUUGUAUCUGUAUCUUUCAAUAUUCGGUUGAAGAAGUUAAAAAAAUAUUACU